AUCCGAAAUCACUCGCAGCCACUCAACGGGAUCGAAAUGUGCUACAGAUAUAGCUUCAGUUUUAUUACAAUCGCGGCGGUUCUGCUUCUGGCAGUGGGCAUUCAAGGAGCUCCCUCGGAUGUGGUGGUGGAGAAGGCGGAGGACCCCGCAGUGCAUAGUCCCCUGCCAGAUGGUCAUUUUGAAGUCCCGGAGGACUGUCACCAGCCCAAGGAAACUGGUCGCUGCUUCGCUUUGUUCUACCGAUAUGCCUACAAUGUGGAUACCCAGGCCUGCGAGGAGUUCGUCUACGGAGGAUGUGCCGGCAAUAAGAACAACUUCGAGUCCAAGGAGCAGUGCGAACAGGCCUGUUUGGGAAAGUCUGCCAGUCCGACUACAGAGGCCUCUACAGAAGCCAACAGCGAGGUCACCACCGAAAAUAGCACCUCUGCUUGAUUUAUUUUAGUUUUUUAGUUCGUAAUUUAUCUGUCAUCUGAAUUCAUCGCAAAAGCAAAAGCAACACAUUAAGCUACUGAGUUGAUUAUUGAAAUAAAUUGAUUUGAUUUUUUAUUAAUUUUA